AUGUUCAAGGUCGUCUCUAUCCUCCUCGCUGCUGCCUUCCUCGGCGGUGUCUCCGCCCAGAGCAGCUCAGCUGUUCCGACGGGGCUUCCUUCCAGCAUUACACCGUGCAUCCUUUCCUGCGUUCAGCAGGCGGCUGCCUCAGGCGGUUGCAGCAGCUUUUCGGAUCUUUCCUGCGUCUGCACGUCGACUGCCUUCCAGAGUGCCGCGCUCUCGUGCUUGCAGGCCAACUGCACUUCUGCGGAGGUCUCAGCUGCUCAGGCGCUCCAGUCAGCUGAAUGUGUUGCAGUGAGCGCGAGCAGCAGCGUAGCAUCGGCUACGUCUGUUCCAUCCUCGCUUUCUUCCGCUGCUUCCUCUGCAGCUUCCUCGGUGUCCUCUGCUAUCUCCAGCCUCUCUUCCGCACUCUCUUCGUCCCACUCCAGCAUCUCUUCCGCACUCUCAGCGUCCCACUCCAGCAUCUCUUCCGCACUCUCUUCUGCCACUCACAGCAGUUCGAGCUCCAGCAGCAGCUCUACCAGCUCCAGCGCCGCUAUGGCUCUUGACCUGAUUAGUGCCGGAGGGCUUGCAAGCGUCGGUGUUGCGCUCGCGGGAGUUGUCUUUGGUGCCGGGUUGGUACUCUAG